AUGCAAGCACAGAAGAUGGGGUGUGCUUGGGGCAGGCUUUGCCUGCUUCUUUCCCUCCUCCUCCAGCUGCCAGGCUCCCAGGCCAAAUGCUACUUCCAGGCUAAAGCUCCCUGUGAGUACGAAGGGAAACAGUUCUCCAUUGGAGAAUCGUGGUUGAGCACCAACUGCCUGCUCUGCACCUGCCUGCACCCCAUUGGCGUGGGCUGCUGUGAGACCACCCAGCACCCGAUCGACUUCCCUGACUGGUGCGAGGCCCACUACGACUCACAGACCUGCCAGAUCUCGGUAGUGCAGAAGGCCAACCCCAGCCUGCCGUGCGUGAAGAGCGUGGAGCACGAGUGGGGCUCGGCCGGUACCCCCGAGCCGCUGGUGAACAAGGUGCUGGGCGCGGGGCUGAGCAGAUAG